AUGGCGCCACACGGAGAGUCUCUUGUCAGCUCCUACGCACGUUCCACCAAUGCCCUCAAACGAAGCGUCUCCGACGUCUCGUCCGAGGUAUGCAAAAAAGAUGUGGUGAUUAACACGGACACACUGGCUCCCAUCUCCGAAGUGGAGGACGCGAGAUGCGAAUGUUGUGGGAUGAUAGAAGAGUGCACCCCCGAGUACAUCGAGCGAAUCCGGGAAAUGUUCGUGGGGAAAUGGAUUUGCGGGUUGUGCGCGGAGGCGGUGAAGGAGGAGAUGGGUAAAAACGGAGGAAAAAGAGAAGAAGCGGUCAGCACUCAUAUGGGUGCGUGUGUUAGGUUUAACAAGUUCGGGAGAGCUUAUCCGGUUUUAUAUCAGGCUCAGGCGAUGCGAGAGAUCUUGAAGAAGGCGAGGGCUGAAGGAAGAGGCGUGAGAGCCAAGUCUAUGAACUACAAGGACAAUGGAGGGCUCAAGAAAGGUGGUAUCGCCAGGAGUACAAGCUGUAUUCCGGCCAUUACUCGAGAGAUGAGUGACCUCAAAGUAACGAAAUGA